GAAGGAACAUGUGAUAGCUCGCCUAGACAUUUCCCAUUUACCGCACAUAUGCAAUGGCUCUAUCAUCUUUUUUUUGCACUAACGUAUAAUGAUAGAUUAUUAUUGCUCCAAGGAUGUGAUUUUUGGCCUGGCUCCGAUGACGUCGAUGACCACUUGCGUUCUGAUCCACUCCACCAAACACAAAAUGGUACACGGCGAUCUCAUUGUAACUUGACCAUCACGAGCUACUUAUGGCAACGAUUAUUGCUGCAUUGACGAACUUUGGGCAGUCCUUGGCUGCUAUCGGGCUGUCGUUGUUGUAUUCUGUGCUAGCUGUGUUUCAAGCCGUCUUCGCGCUUGUUCAAAGCACGGUAGAGAGUAUACUGAAGCUAGGACAGAGCAUCACUACUCUGGUACUGGAGUUAUUCCAGGGAGUGUUUGGGUUCGUUUUUGCAAACUUCGCUGCAAUUUUGGUGAUUGGUGGAGUGUACUACUUGUACACGCUCAGACAGCAGGGAAGGGGGUUAGAGGUGUUGCAGAAGAAGAAGAAGAAGUUAUGAAAGUCAUAGGGCGCGUCGGUGAUUGAAGAGUCCCUGGACAUAAACGACUGCACUGCCACACUCGCCGGGUCGUACAUGCCAAUUUGUUCACGUUGAACGUUU